GUUUCAGAUUGGCACUUGGAGACAUAUCGGGGAUUUCAAGGGAACGAAAGAAGAAAAGAUACAUUAUAUUUAAACUUCAUCAAUAUCAAUGAAUCUGCUUUGGUCUGGCUGAAUUCCUUGUCAAGAGUUUAGAACCAUUUGAGCUCAGCUCAAAAAAAGUUUAAAAAUGGAUCACUCGGAGCUCAUCGCCGAGCUGCCCGAGAUCGAGAGAAUGACGGCUCAGGAGAGAAUAGCUCUUGCAAGAGAUCGUCGGCGAUUACAACUUCGUCGAAACGAUGAACGAGAACGAGCCCUUCCGCCGCCUCGACCGCGACGUCAACGCCUUCAUUUUGCAGCUGAAGUAGAAUUAUUGGAGGCGACGUGUCGAGCGGAUUAUGCAGAAGUCGAACGGUUACUCAACGAUAAUGCGAAUCCAAAUCUUCAUAAUGAUGAUGGUUUAACACCUUUACAUCAAUGUGCCAUCGAUGAUAAUCAACAAAUUAUGUUAUUGCUCCUGGAACGCGGUGCAAAUGUAAAUGCGCAAGACACUGAGCAAUGGACACCUCUGCAUGCGGCAGCAUGUUGUGCUCAUAUUAAUAUUGUAAAAAUUCUUAUUCAAGCUGGUGCCAAUUUAUUAGCAGUUAAUGCAGAAGGUAAUAUGCCAUACGAUAUAUGUGAUCAUGAAGAAACUCUUGAUGUAAUUGAAAGUGAAAUGGCUGCAAGAGGAAUUACACAAUCUUAUAUUGAUGAAAUGCGUGGUGCACCUGAAAAGGCUAUGCUUGAUGAUAUGAAAAUGUUACAUCAACAAGGACGAGAGCUUGAUGCACGAGCACCUGAUGGAUCAACUUAUCUCCAUGUGGCAUCUGCAAAUGGAUAUUACGAUGUUGCUGCAUUUCUUCUCACUUGUUCAGUUUCUCCAUUGAUCCGAGACAAUGAUUUCUGGCAACCUGUACACGCAGCCGCAUGUUGGGCACAACCAGAUCUCAUCGAACUUCUGUGUCAGUACGGAGGUGAUAUUCAUGCAAAGACGAAGAACGGCGAAACGCCAAUGGAUUUAUGUGAAGAUAUGUCAACGAAACAAGUAAUAUCUCAAUUGGUACAAACAGAAGCACGACGACGUAGACUUGCAUUCGGAGUUCGUGAUUCGAGACGGCAAAGUAAGAAAAGGAAGAAGUUUGAGUCACCACAACAAGGAGCAACAACUGGAGAUAAUCCAUUCUCAGCUCGUGGAGCUAUUCGUCGUCAAUCAUUACGUGAUCGAAGUGGUCUUACACCUGCUAGAAUUGAAGCACAAAAAGAAGGAGCUGAUAUUCUUAGAACGUGGUCGAAAGAAGAUGUUUCUGCUGAUGUACAUUCUUCUCAAGGAUCUCUUCAACAUCAACGAGAAUCUCCGAGCAAACGUGUGCUCAAAUAUUAUUUCCAGAGUUCACAGAAUAAACAAGCGAAGCCAAUGUCACCGGAUGAGUGGCUGAGGAAACUCGAAACAAAUGCAGAUGACGAUUUGGAUACAACGCCGAAAAGAAGUGGAAGUACAAGAAGACGACAAAAGAAAGUUCCAGGAGACAUGUCCGAUUCCCGAAAUGGUGAUGUUAGAAGACAAAAGUCAACGUGUUGCUGUGUGAUAUGCUGAAUCUCCGCCCCGAUUGUCCAGUUUCCAAAUAGGUCCCAAAUCACUCCUGGGUACUGAGUACCUUGACGACAAGCACAUUUUCAACGUUUUGUCAAUGUUCAAUGUUUAUGUCUAAAAAUCUUCUCUUCAAUUCAAAAAUCAACACAAAAAACCCCAACUAACGUUACCAACUCCCAACAAAAUGGAUUUCAAUUACGGUUACAAUCUUCGCUGUCUCUAGUAUAUUCUGAAAUUUUCUUGUUUUUUCUUUCUGUUCAUCUAGUUCACUGUGUCCUGUCACUUGUUUUUCCAUGUUCUAUACGCAUUGUAUGUCCCCUCAAAUCAUUUCUCUACUGUGAUCGCCGCCUUCUCUCUCCGAACUUUGGUCAUUUUCUCUUAAAACGUUUAGUCCCAAAUCUAUAUAUUUAUAUAUGUAUUUCUUUUAUCGAAAUGUGUAAGACCUCUUGAUAUAUCCAUAUUUUCUGCUGAUAAUUCUAAAACGGUUGUGAACUGUCUAAUUGCUUCUUGAAAACCCCCAAAAAUCCUUCACCUUUCUCUCUAAAUUUCUCCUCACAUUUAUGACAGAAUUUGUUUGUUUUCGAAUUUUCUUCUUCCAUCAAAAAUUAUUUUGUUACUUAUGUGGAUUGAUAUAGACUUUUACUUUAAAACAAAAGAGUCAAUGAAUAUUUAUUCAAAGUUUAAAA